AUGAAUGAGAAGAACCAGACGUUGGUCAGUGAGAUUGUUCUCUUGGGAUUUCAGAAUCUCCAUAACUUCAAGAUUCCCCUGUUCUCUCUGUUCCUUCUGAUUUACAUUAUUACAGUUUGGGAGAAUGUCCUCAUCAUUGUGUUGGUGUCCUCCAGCCGGAACCUCAAGUCCCCCAUGUACUUCUUUCUCCAACAGUUGUCCCUAUGUGAUCUCCUAAACUCCACUGUUAUUGUACCAACUCUGCUCAAAAGUGUAAUUAAUGGAGGAGUCACUGUAUCAUUUAUUGGCUGUGUCACUCAGUUUUCUUUUUUCUCUGUCCCAGGAGCUUUUGAGUGUUUGCUUCUAGCAGUAAUGUCCUAUGACAGAUAUGUGGCCAUCUGUAUCCCACUGCGUUACUCUUCUAUAAUGUCCCACAGGGUUUGUGUUACAUUCAUUCUCAUAUCAUGGGCUACAGGUUUUGGCAUUGGAGUCCUUUCAGUGAAUCUAAUAACAAUGUUACAGUUUUGUGAUCGAAACACCAUUAAUCAUUUCUUUUGUGAUUUCUUUCCCCUUCUUGGGCUUGUUUGCUCAGACACCUCUUUUGUUCAAUUAGAAGAAAUCAUACAGUCAUUCCCUGUGGUUAUAUGUCCCUUUAUACUCAUCAUUGUAUCAUAUAUGUGUAUUGCCCAUGCAAUCCUAAAGAUAGUGUCCAAUACCGGGAGACAAAAAGCCUUCUCCACCUGCAGCUCCCACUUGACUGUGGUCUCCAUAUUUUAUGGGAGUAUAAUUGCUAUUUAUGUGGUUCCCCCCACAGGACAGUCACAGACCAUAAGCAAAGUUCUCUCUCUGAUGUUUACUUUGGUGAUCCCUAUGACUAACCCCAUUAUUUACAGCCUGAAAAGUACAGACAUCAGAGAAACCCUUAAAAAAAUGAAGUCUAGAAGGCUGGAAUUUGGAGUAGAUGUUAUUCUCCUCAAACUGAAUCUCAUUCGUGACUUUUCACAUGAUAAACCAUGA